AUGAAGCCAAAUAGUUCUGUAUUUAUCUUAUUUGUUAUUGGAAGUGUCACAUUAGAUUCAAUAUCUAAUCCUGAUACAUGCUCUGGUCGAUGGCAAGUUAUUGAUAAUAUAAAUAUUAAAUUUACAUUAGAUUGGCAAAUUCAUCCAGAGACAAAUCAAGCAGUCAUAGAAUUUCGAACAAAUCUUGUUGCGCAAGGUUUUUGGUAUGCUUUUGGAUUUUCAGCUUCUCUAGAUGAACCAGUAUUUGGACUUGUUUAUGCUCUUCGAUGGAAUGAAAAUGAUACUGAAGCUUUUUGGGAUAUCUAUAAUGUGACAAAAUCAAAUGUUAUUAUUGUAAAACAAAAUGAUACGUCUUUAGUUACAUUUCAACGUUUAUCAUCAUCGGGUUUAUUGACCGUACGAUCAACAAUUAAUUUAACUUCAUAUCUUAUUGAACAACAAUGUUUUUAUUUUGUUUAUAUGCGAGGACGUUUUUCUGGUGAUAUACCAUUAAUACCAGAUGAAAUACUUUUUAAUCGAUCUUUAUGUCUUACAUGUCAACAAUUUGAAUUAACAUCAACAUAUCGUAAUCCAACUAUCGAAGAUACGACAACUGAUCUGACAAUAAUUCAAAAUUCAACAAUUGAGCUUGUUCAUGAUUCUACAACUAAAAAUUUAAUAUUGUUGAAUAAAAAUAUUUCCACAUCGACUUUUUUUCAAUCAACACUAUCAUCUAAUCGUAGAACAGUACUUGUUUUAGAAUAUAAAUUCUUCUGGUUUGGUCGAAUACUUGAUCGUUCGUGGUCAACUGAUUAUUUUAAUUUUAGUUCUCUUUUAAGUCAAAAUUUACGUUUAGAUCUACAAAAUUUGUUCUUAUUUUUAAUUAAUCAUAAUUCACCAUAUUCUUUUCUUUGUAAUCAAUUUGAAUUCUAUUCAUUACAAUCUGGUUCCAUACUUUUUGCAAGUAACAUUACUCUUAUCUCAAGUCUAUCCGAAAAUCAUACAAUAGAUACAAUUGAAAAACUAAUAAAAACUAUUAACAAUACGAAAAAUUUUAAUCUUAAUUUUGAUCGAUCAGCACAUCAUAUAAAACGAGCUAAUAAUAUAUUAGAAAUUGAUAUUUUAUUCAAGAGAUUUUCUCGAUCAAUUGAUAAUGAUAUUUUAAAACAAGUAGAAGUUGAUUCAGCAUUACAUUUACUUCUUGGUUGUAUUGUUAGUAUAAGUUGUUUAAUCAUAGUAGUAACAACUAUUAUAUGUCUUUAUGGAUAUUAUAAAUGUCGACGACGUCAACUUCGUCUUUUUACUGAACGACAGACAUUGAAAUUCAAACAUGAUACUAAUUCAUAUACAUGGCUGGGACAACAACCAUCAAUCAGUUCUUCAUCUCCAUAUUUGAUACAGUCGACUUCUAUUUGA